AUGAACGCGGGACUACAGAACAUCUUCAUAUCCCUUGGCGCCAUGCAAGUGGCCAGAAGAAUCCCGUUUGACGAUCCUGUCGUACUAAAUUAUGUUCGACUGGGGUACAUCGCCAGCCAACUCAUCAUUCUUGGAACAUAUUUCUACGUGUCGUACAAGGUCAAGCAAAAGAACGACCAGACUGUUCUUAAAUACGUCGACCAACCCAAUCCGAUGUCGCCCACCUCAGGCGGACUCGUCACCACGACUGUGCGAGACUAUGAUCUGAGCGAGACAUCGAAACUUCUCCGCGGCGCCUACUUCGGCGUCGCCAUGAUGGCCUUCUUCCAUUUCUAUCUCAAAUACACGCAACCUCUCUUCGUACAAGCCCUCAUGGGCCUCAAGAAUCUCUACGAUGCCAAACCAGUGGCUAUACAUAUUUUUGGGAGACCUGCUGACGGGGACCUGAAACGGCCAUGGAAGGCUCAGACGAUGCUUGGCUCCGCUGCUGGCCCCCAGACGGACAGCGCAUCUAUCGCAGAGGCAGAGAAGGUCGGAACGAAAAAGGAGGACUGA